CCCAACGAUUCGGCCUCGGCGAGAAGCAUCGAUCUUCAGAUUCUUUUCCCAAAGUCUAUUCCGCUGAGCUCUAGUAAGCUUUCGAGGCUCGUUUUCACCAUCAUCGUCGUCCUCGCUAGAGGAAGCCUUCGAUCUAGUCCCACCCAAGUCAUCUGCAAACCUUUGUCGAAAUUCAAAAAAACCAUGAGUUCGGCACGGAGAGAGUUUCAACUGGGCUGGAGUGGGGGUGGCUAGGGCUGGCUGGGGUCGGCUGAGAAUGCUGACAGUCGGGAUGUGCUUGAGUUCGUGGUGGUGCUCCGGUCGAACGCUGUGACUGGCUGAAGAAGAUGAACAAGAAAAAAAAUAAAAAGAAAAUAUAUAAUAAAAUAAAUUUAUAAUUUUAAAAUAUAUUUUUUAAUUUUUUAUUUUAUUUUAAAUUUUUUUAAUUAAAAUUAUUAUUUUGACCAAUAAAAAAAUUUACACGUAGCAAUUUAUUUGGGUUUAACGAAUCUGUUAGAAAAGAGACCAACGGACUUACAAAAAAUGUCACUUGAGGACUAUUACAGCCAAUUUUUAAGGUUAAAGACUAAUCUGCACCAAUCCUAAAUUUUUGGGGACUUUCACAGCAACUAUCCCUUUUAUUUUUCGUUUGAAUGUGAUGUGUGCAAAUAACCCCCACAGUAACAGAAGAAAAGUAUUUGUUAUUUUCAUAUUUUCAUAAGAAUAUCUUGUCAUUGUCAUUGUCCUCGUCCAUGAAUUCAGCAACACAUGCUACCCAUCCCAACCGUAAAAUUUAUUAAGAGCUCUCUUCAUAUAUUGUUUGUUACAAUCUGACUCUGAGUAACAAUCAACUGAUCAGAAAUAUGAAGUCAACAAUAGUCUUGUACCCAGCACCAGCCAUAGGACACCUAAUCUCCAUGGUUGAGCUAGGGAAGCUUAUACUCACCUUCAAACCAUCACUCUCCAUUCAAAUCAUCAUCACCACUGCUCCUUACAACUCCGGUGACACUGCUCCCUACAUCGCCACCGUCACUGCCACCAUUCCUUCUAUCACCUUCCAUCACCUCCCACCAACCUCCAUCGACUCAGCCUCGCUUCACCACGAGAAUCUCCUCUUCGAUCUCAUCCGACACAGCAAGCCACUCGUACAUCAAGCUCUCGUCUCCAUAUCCAAAAACUACACCGUUCACGCUUUCAUCAUCGACUUCUUCUGUUGUGAAACGCUCACUGUCUCUACUCAGCUUAAAAUCCCCUGUUUCUUCUUCAUUACCUCGGGAGCGUCUGCCAUGGCUUUCUUCUUUUAUUUACCUACCCUUCACAGAAAUUCCCAGAAGAGCUUCAAAGACCAAAAUACCCUCCUCCAUAUACCUGGACUUCCGCCUGUUCCGUCUUCUGACAUGCCGAAACCGUUGCUCGACCGCAGUGACAAGGCCUAUGAUAAUUUUCUUGCAUGCGCUAAUGAUUUAUGUGAAUCUACAGGAAUCAUUGUGAACACCUUUGAGUCACUUGAGCCGAGAACCAUCAAAGCCAUAUUGGACGGCUUAUGUGUCCCUGAAGGCCGUACUCCUCCGAUCCAUUGCAUCGGACCGUUGAUCCUUACCAAAGAAGGAAAACGAAAUGUACGGUCCGAGUCACUUACUUGGCUCGACUCACAACCGAGUCGAAGCGUCGUCUUCCUCUGUUUCGGAAGUCUGGGGUCGUUUACGGUUGAGCAAUUGAGAGAAAUAGCCGUUGGAUUGGAGAAGAGCGGGCAGAGGUUCUUGUGGGUGGUGAGGAGUCCGGUCAGCGUGGCUAAUUCGGGUCUUCCCGACCCGGAUUUAGACUCGUUGCUACCGGACGGGUUCUUGGAUCGAACUAAGGAGAAGGGAAUGGUGGUGAAGAAUUGGGUAGAGCAAGUUGAGGUACUGAGUCAUGAUUCUGUAGGUGGGUUCGUGACACACUGCGGGUGGAAUUCGGUGCUGGAAGCAGUGUGUGCUGGUGUUCCAAUGGUUGCGUGGCCUCUCUACGCGGAACAGAGGCUUAACAGAGUGGCGUUGGUUGAGGAAAUUAAGAUUGCUCUGCCUAUGAAUGAGUCUGAAGAUUGGUUUGUAAGCUCUGAUGAAGUGGAGAAGCGAGUUAAUGAGUUGAUGAACUCAGAAAGAGGUGAGUCGGUCCGGAGUAGAGUGGUGAGAAUGAAGAAUGAAGCCAAAGCGGCAAUGGCAAAUGGUGGGUCGUCUCAAGUUGCGUUGACUAAACUCACAGAGUCAUGGAAUUAAUUACCAGCCUUUACUAUUGGGCAGUACCUUUCGCAAUGUCUCACCAAUAUUGGGUAAAAGUUAUUUUCAGUUAUAUGGACGCAAUAGAUAUCAUCCUGCUAUUUGUAAUUUUAAAAUGAAUAAUAAUUAGUUUUUACUUUAUUUAUCUGCAUGGAAAUUUUCAAAGUUGUUAGUUGAGAGUAAUUAAUUUUGGAGUAGUUUGUUACUUGAUAGAAAGUAGUAGUACAAGGAAUAAAAAAUGUGUAAUGAUUGGAGCCCAUCUUUAACUUUAAAUGGAAAGGCAUUUAUUAUUGA